UUCCCUCUUGUUUUCCAGGGGCCAUGACCGAGGUGGCGAGCGAGCCGUUCGGACGCUUGCCCCCGGAGGAAGGAGGCGGGGCCGUGGAAAAGUUUGUGCUGAAAUCAGAGCGUGUGAAAGUGGAGGUUAUCUCCUGGGGCUGUACGAUCACUGCCCUGGAGACCCGAGGCAGGGAUGGGAGCCCCUUGGACGUUGUUCUGGGCUUCGAUCGUUUGGCAGGUUACGUCAACAAACAUCCCUAUUUUGGAGCCGUGAUUGGGCGAGUUGCUAACAGAAUUGCUAAUGGGAAAUUCACUGUGGAAGGACAAGAGUAUCAGUUGGCCCUCAAUAACCCACCCAACAGCCUGCAUGGAGGGAACAAAGGAUUUGACAAGGUUCUCUGGACCCCCGAGGUGCUGGUAAAUGGCAUACGCUUCUUCAGAAGGAGCCCAGAGGGUGAGGAAGGGUAUCCUGGGGAGUUAAAAGUCUGGGUGACCUACACACUUGAUGGCGGAGAACUAGCAAUAAACUACCGGGCGCAAAGCAGCAACACUACUCCGGUUAGCCUUACAAACCAUACCUACUUCAAUCUAGCAGGCCAGGGCUCACGCGAUAUCUACGACCACGAGUUCUCCAUAGAAGCAGACUCUUACUUGCCUGUGGAUGACACCUUGAUCCCUACUGGCACGAUGGCUGCAGUGCAGGACACCGCUUUUGAUUUGAGGAAGCCGGUGGAACUUGGAAGACACUUGCAGAAGUUUCAGCUCCCUGGCUUUGACCAUAACUUCUGCCUGGAGCAAUCAGAGGCUCGACGCUACUGUGCAAGGGCACAUCAUCCCCCUAGUGGCAGGACAGUGGAAGUUUACACCACACAGCCUGGGAUCCAGUUCUACACUGGGAAUUUCCUGGACGGCUCCCUGAAGGGCAAAGGGGGCUCUGUGUAUCCUAAGCAUUCAGCCUUCUGCCUUGAAACACAGAACUGGCCAGAUGCUGUCAAUAAGCCCCGUUUCCCCAGUGUGCUGCUGCGGCCAGGCGAGGAGUACAACCACACAACUUGGCUGAAGUUUACUGCAGCGUGAGGAGAGUCACAUCUGUAGCCACAAGCGGAAAGUCCAGUGGUGGGGUGGGAGCAGGGGCAGUCACUAAAAAUAGCUGCAGGAGCAUGGAGAGGCCUCCAGCACAACAGAGGUGGCAUGUGCUGGGACCUCUCCUAAGGAUGCCAUCUGGACACGGGCUUGACAGCUAUCACUGGUAAAACUCCCCUUCAUGUGGGACUAGCACUGAGGCCUGCCCCCGCCCCAGGGACCUGGCUGCCACUGGUGUCAGUAGGAGUUAGGCUCCUCAAUACCUUUAAAAAUCUGACCCUUGAUGGCUGCUGAAUUAGGGGUGUGAUGUUUUACCAAUACAAUUAUAGUAGGACGGGUGCACAACACACGUACUUAUUUCCCUUUCUCUAGGUAUAAAACAGCCCAGAGAAAGAAAUGCCUGUGUAAUGGUAGCUCAUCUUCAGACAAACGGGAACUGAAGCCCGAGGGGCUACGGGCUGCAUCCUCAAAGGCGCUCAGUUACCUAAUGCCCAUGGCGUUAUCGUUGAGGCACUGGCCCUACGUGCAGGACUAAGCCCACUCCAUAGCUAGGUUAGGCAGAGUGAUUUGUGACUGACUUAGCUCUGUUGUUUUGCUUGAGGGGAAGGGUGUAAGUUAUACCAGCACCCGGGCAGUUUUGCUAGCCAAAGCUGCACCCCCACUAGGCGUGGUUUGCCAGUAUAGUGGACUGGCAAAGUGCAGCUUGUGCAGAUACAGUAGGGAUUUGCAGGAGCCGCUUUACCUUGUGGUGCCUAACUAAUCAAAAUGGCUGUCAUCCGUACCCAUGUCCAGCCGCCCCCCUCCCCCCCACCAGAAAAUGUCUCUGUGAAGAUUAAAAUCUGCUCAACUUCAUCUGGUGCUAGUAGCUGAUGCAGGACUUAUGCCUGCUACGUACGCUACAAAGAUCUUGCUUAUUGCUUUCACUGUAUUGCUUUUACUUCUGCAAUAAAAAUGAAUUUUCAAGAUGAA